CUCCCCACUUCACUUUGAAGACCUCGUCCACUUAUAACCCCUCUAUUACCUUGUCUUGGUUGACAGUAAUUGCUCCUCCUUCUUCCCCCUCACAACCACCAAAGAAACCACACACACACAUACCGCAGUCAUGGCCAACUCAACGAUUGUUAGCAAUGCUGCCAACCUCAAGAAGUACCUUGACCUGCCCCAAAAGGGUGCAGUCAUGGCCGAGUACGUCUGGAUAGAUGGUUCCAACGGCAUCCGCUCAAAGUCAAAGACACUCAAGAAGAAGGUCGAGUCGCUCGACGAGCUCCCAGAAUGGAACUUUGACGGUUCAUCAACGGGCCAGGCGCCCGGCGACAACUCCGACGUCUACCUCCGCCCCGUCGCAUACUACCCUGACCCCUUCCGUCUGGGCGACAACGUCCUCGUCAUGUGCGAGACGUACAUGUCGGACGGUUCGCCCAACGCAUACAACUUCCGCCACGACGCGGCCAUAAUAUUCGACAAGCACGCCGAGCACGGCUUCUGGUUCGGUCUCGAGCAAGAAUACACGCUGCUCGACGAGUUUGGCUGGCCCUACGGCUGGCCCAAGAACGGCUUCCCUGCUCCCCAAGGUCCCUACUACUGCGGUGUGGGCACUGGCAAGGUCUUCUGCCGCGACAUUGUCGAGGCGCACUACAAGGCCUGCAUGUAUGCCGAGAUUGCCAUCUCAGGCACCAACGCCGAAGUCAUGCCCGCACAGUGGGAGUACCAAGUCGGUCCCUGCCCCGGCAUCUCUCUCGGCGACCAGCUCUGGAUGUCUCGUUUCCUGCUGCACCGUGUGGCCGAGGAAUUCGGUGCCAAGGUUACUUUUGCCCCGAAACCCAUUCCCGGUGACUGGAACGGCGCCGGUCUGCACACCAACGUGUCCACCAACGAGACUCGUGCCGACGGUGGCAUGAAGGCCAUUGAAGCCGCCAUGGAGAAGCUGUCCACCCGCCAGGCUGAGCACAUGGCCGUUUACGGUUCCGACAACCAGCUCCGUAUGACGGGUAAGCACGAGACGGCUUCUUACGACAAGUUCACCUGGGGCGUCGCGAACCGUGGUUCCUCUGUCCGUAUCCCCCGUGCUGUUGCUGCCGAGGGUAAGGGAUACUUUGAGGACCGCCGCCCGGCUUCCAACGGUGACCCAUACCAGAUUACUGGUAUAAUCGCCGAGACCAUGUACGGAAAGGUUGAGGGUGCCGAUGUCGCCAGGUUUGCCAAGAAGGCCGAGGUCGUCGAGACGGAGAUGGUUAUUGAUGUCCACAAGCCGUAGACGGGGCUUGGGUUGGGCUACGUCUUCUUCUUCAUACCCCCUUUUAGUUUUUUUAAAC